AUGAUGAAUUUAUACUGUGUAACGUACAGCUAUGUUGAAUUGACCUUCUUCUGCUUUUUACAACCAAAUAAUCUAGAUGAACCAUGUUCUAUUACUUGUAAAAAUGAUAUUCCUUACACAACUACAGUACAAAAUAAUUUGAUAUCACAAUCUGAAAAGAUUGAUCCAUUGAAUCACCGACAAAAACAAGAGUCUAAAGACAAAAAUCUAACAGUCUGUUCAAUUUUCAAUUUUUUCUUUUCAACUACUAAUGGGAACUACAAUAUUACUGAUAAAAUGGAGAAUAACACAAUAACAACUAAUCAUAAUAAUAAUAAUAAUAAUAAUGAUAAUGUUGAUGAUGAUAAUAAUAAGAAUGAUGAUGAUUCUGAAGAGUAUUACAAGAUGAAUAGUACACGAAAAGGUAUUUGUCUGAUUAUUAAUAAUAUGAUGUUUUGGCAUUCGGAUUUUCAGAAUCGUUCUGGUUGUGAUAUGGAUGAAAAAAGUUUAGAAAAAGUUUUUGCGUCAUUUAAUUUCCUAGUGAAAUUAUUACGCAACCUGUCAGCUGAUGAAAUCCAAGUACAAUUGGAACAUUUAGGAAAGAAAACAAAUCAUCAUGAAUAUGAUUGUUUAGUUAUAUGUCUUAUGUCACAUGGAACUAUUGGUCGUAUUUAUGGUGUCGAUGGAAAUUCGCUAUCAAUUCAUGAAUUAACUUCUAUAUUUACAGCUGACAACUGUCCUUCACUAGCUGGUAAACCAAAAUUAUUCUUUAUUCAAGCAUGUCGUGGUGAAGAUUAUCAAAAAGGUUAUGUUAUCCAAAAAGAAUCGAGUGAAAUGAUUCACAAUAAGAAUGAUUUCAUGAAUCACGAGAAUAAUACUGAUAAUAAUAAUAAUAAUAUCGAUCAUUUUAUUCAAUAUCAAUCAUCCAGUAUAAAUCCAAGAUUAUCAGUAUCAGAUGCAAAAUUUAUCGGUUUCAAAUUAGAUAAUUUACUUCAUAGUUCAAUGUCAUUGCAACAAUUGAACAAUGUACAGUUGAUUCCAACUUAUGCUGAUUUUUUAUUAAGUUAUGCAACUGUUGCUGGUUUUCGUGCACAAAGAGAUCCAACCGGUGGUACUGUUUAUAUACAAGCAUUAUGUAAACGAUUAUACAAUUCAUUGCAAAAUGAAAGUAUUCUUGAUAUAGUUACAGCUGUACAUCGUGAAGUCAGUAAACAAUUAUAUAAAGAGACAUCUUGUCAAUUAAUGAAAACAAAUGAGGAGAUAUUUCUACAAAUUCCAGAAGUUAGGCAUACAUUAACAAAAAAAGUAUGUUUUAAACGAUAA